CAGCCCCCCAGCCCCGCCAUCCUGGGGCGUCUCAUGGAGCCGCUGCGCCCGGGGCCGCUGGCGGAGGCGCUGCUGCGCGCGCCUUUCCCGCGGCGCCCGGUGCAGCGGGUCUGGCAGGACACGCUGCUGCAGGCCCUAGACCCCUCCAUCUCCGACGGGGACGCGUACUGCGCGGUGGCGCUGCUGCUGUGCAGCACGGGCUGCGAGGGCUUGGCCAACGCGGCCUUCGAGGGUGGAGUGCGGCCGCUUCAUCUGGUGGCCGCGGGGGGUGGCACACUGCGGGACCCCGACCGCCUCACCACUGCACGGGCCCAGACGCUGCUGCCGCUGCUUCUCGGUGCUGGGGCGGAGCUGGAGGCACGGGACGAGCUGCACGGCGCCACGGCGCUGGGCUGGGCUGCCGGAAAUGUUUGCCUGGCUGGGCUCAGUUGCCUGGUGGGUUUGGGCGCCGACGUGGAGGCGGAGGACCACUAUGGCAUGACGGUCCAGGCGCGGCUGGUGAUCCAGGGCUUCCAGGACGCAGAGGACUUCUUGAAGGAGACGUGGCGCCUCUCGAAGCCGCGGUCGGCGCCCUCGCUGCCGGCGCUGCGGUGCCGCCUCGGGCCCUGGGCGGAGGCGGAGGCGCGGCUGGGCGCGGCGCGGCGGGUGGCGCUGCUGGUUCGUGGCCUGGCGGAGAGGCAGGUCGAGCUGCCUGGCACCGCCGCCGAGCUGAUGGCCAAGUUCUGCAUGGACUUCCACCUGUGGCCGCCGACUACUCAGCCAAAGCUGCCUUGAGCUCAUGGAGAUCUGACCGGAUUCCCUUCGCAGCCGCGCUGAAAACACCUUCCUGGACAGCCAACGAUAGCUCGCCCUGCGCCAUCAUGCUCCCCCAGAUCUGAGCCGAGAGUUGGCGACAUCCAAUUGCUGACAUCCGCUCGCCAAAUGAAGCUGGCCGGCCGGCCACAAGGCCGUGAAGGAGAUGGAGC